AUGGCGAUGGCUCUGGCGGUAUUGCGGGACUGGUGCAGGUCGAUGGGCGUGAACGCUCAGCGAUCUCUGCUCAUCCUGGGAAUCCCAGAUGACUGCAAAGACCAGGAAUUCCAGGAGGCUGUGCAGGCUGCCCUGCGUUCCCUGGGCAGGUACCGAGUGCUGGGCAAGGUCUACAGAAAGGAGCUGGGGUCGAGUGUUGCCCUGGUCGAGUUUGCUGAGUGUUUAAAUCGAAGCUUGCUCCCCCGCCAAAUACCAGGCAAGGGAGGGCCCUGGACUGUGGUCUGCCUGCCCCAGGCCCCUGAUGCUGAUUCACAGGAUAGACCCAGUUGCCCUGCGCAGCCCCAGGGACAAGCAGUGGUUGGCAGGGCGGGUGAGGCAGGAACUGCAGGUCACUCAGGAACUGCAGGGGAGGAGGAGGCUGCAGGGGAGGCGGGAGUCGCAGGUAUGGAGGGAGACACAGGUGAGGAGGAAGCCUUAGGUGAGGAGGGAGCUGAACAUGAGGAGGGAGCUGCAGGUGAGGAGAGAGCUGAAGGUGAGGCAGGAGCUGCAGGUGAGGAGGGAGCUGAAGGUGAGGAGGGAGCUGAAGGUGAGGGAGGUGCAGGUGAGGAGGGAGCUGCAGGUGAGGAGGGGGCUGAAGGUGAGGCAGGAGAUGCAGGUGAGGAGGGAGCUGUAGGUGAGGCAGGAGAUGCAGGUGAGGAAGGAGCUUCAGAUGAGGAAGGAGCUGCAGGUGACGACGGAACCUCAGGUGAGGCAGGAGUUGCAAGUGAGGCAGGAGCUGCAGGUGAGGAAGGAGCUGCAGGUGAAGCAGGAGAUGAAGGUGAGGAGGGAGCUGAAGGUGAGGAGGGAGCUGAAGGUGAGGAGGGAGCUGCAGGUGAGGAAGGAGCUGCAGGUGCGGAAGGAGCUGAGGGUCAAGCAGGAGCUGAGGGUCAAGCAGGAGCUGAAGGUCAAGCAGGAGCUGAGUCAGAUGAGGAAGGAGCUGCAGGUUACAGAAAUGUUGCAGGCGUGGCAGGACUUCUGAGUGUGGCAGGACUUCUGAGUAUGGCAGAACCCACGGGCGGGGCAAUGGCUGCGCCUGAGGAAGCAGUUGUGACAGCGGCAGGCGCCAUGGGUGAGGCAGGGCCCGGGACCCAGCAGUGGAGGCAGGCCUCGCAGCCCGUGCUGGACAGCAUGGGCUACCAGGAGCUGGGAACCUUCUCUGGGAUGGAAGAGCCGGGCCACGGGGAAGGGUCCUCUGAGAGCUGGCUGGAGCAGGCCAGCCACACGCUGCACCUGUGGCGCCACGUGUCUGAGAGGGAGAGGCGGAGGAGGCUGGUGGAGAGCUUGCGCGGCCCCGCGCUGGACCUCCUGCGUGGCCUCCUGGCGGAAGAUCCCGAGCUGGCUGCCCAGGACUGCCUGGCCGCGCUGGUGCAGGUGUUUGGGAACAAGGACCCCCGGGGGAGUGCUCGGCUGAAGUUCGUGACCUGUGCCCAGCGGCCCCAGGAGACUCUCUCUGCGUACGUGAUGCGCCUGGAAGGCCUGCUGCAGUCGGCCCUGGAGAAGGGGGCCAUCCACCCGGCCAUGGCGGACCAGGCACGCGCCCGGCAGGUGCUGACACGGGCCCAGCUGAACGACACGCUCCGGGACACGCUGAGGAGGAGGCGGCUGAUGAGGAGGCCUCCCGGCUUUGCGGGGAUGCUGCGGCUCAUCCAGAAGACCGAGGCCUGGGACGCCGACCUGGCUAGCAGGGAGCACUUCCCAGGGCAGGAAGAGGCCCGUGUGGACGUUGCAGUCCUGGCAGCAGCCGCCCAGGCCGCCCCGGCCCAUGAGGCCAUCACCGCAGGCACCACUGCACAUGGUGAAGAUACCACCGCCCAGGCCGCCCGUUCCAAGGAAGGGAGCGUCGAGGACCACCCGGCACGUGAGGAGGCCAGUGCGGCAGUUGCUGGCACUGCCAAGGCUGGCGAGGUGGCCCCUGAAGACCAUGGUGCCACCAGGGCAGCCCCUGAAGACCAUGGUGCCGCCAGGGCAGCCCCUGGCCCUGGGGAGACCAGCAACGCGUCCACGGCCAUUCAGGAAGAUGGAAGUGCUGCCGCCCCUGCGGACCUAGGUCAGGCAGGACCCUCAGAUGCCCCCGGAGUCCCCAUGCCUGGCCGGAUGGGCAGUGCUUCCCCGGUGGCCCCAGGAGGUCCUGGCUGGGAGCCAGAGGGCCUCGCCCAGGCAGAAGGCCAGGAGGCCGAGGAGACCCCCGAGGAGGGGCUCAAGCCCAUCCCAGAAGAGCCGGGAAAUGAGGACGGGGCUGCAGAGAUGAGCCCCCCAGGGUGCAUCUCAGGCCAGUAG